AUGCCGUUCAUCCAGCUUCAACCUCACCCAUUCACUCUAAUUCCAUCACACCCCUCCCUCCCGACAGACUUAUCCCGUUCAGAGCCAAAACAGUUCGUGCGCACCGCCCUCCGCGAAGCUGUCGAGCUUCUCGACUCCAUCCCCUCCACAUUCACGACAGACCCCAAACCCCGCGCUUCGCCACCCUCGCAAGCGAAGGUCAACCUUUUGCGCAGGUGGCAUAACCUCGAUAAUAAGAAGCCUGAAUUCUGGGUAGCUCGCCAAAGCGAACAUGUCGACGCCAGCACUAAGGGGACUGCGUCCUGGAGUGAAUUUGAAGCUGGGCUGAGGACUGACCAUGCUGAACAUGAGAUGGACUAUACUCCCAGUGUGAGCGGUGUUGAGAGAUUACUGGAGUGGUCAGGACAAGAUAUAGGGGAAGUGGAACUAGAUGGGGUCAUCUACAAAGACGUGGUUUUCGAGAUCAAUCUGAUAACGCAUUCAUUCAACCCAUCCGUCUUGAUCUCUCCGCGCAGCUUCAUCUCGCUGACCAUCUCCGCCGCAUACGAUUCUCCCCCAUCGCAACAACAAACCUCCACGAAAGGUUUCAUCACCCUUCAAAUACCCCUCCGCUCAGAUCCCUCCACUACCCCAUAUUCAUUGCAACAAAAGAUUGCUUCGUCGGCUCCGCAACGAACCAUCUUCGCCAACUAUGCAAGCGUAGAGCGCGUCUCGCUUCUCCCUGCAGAACCCCGUUCCAUCGAAUGGACAAUGGCAACGACAUCCGAUGCAGGCGGGUCGAUUCCACAGUGGGUCCAACGCAAUUGGACCCUGGGCGGGGUGCCGCGUGCUGUGGUGGCUGAUGUCGGAUUGUUUAUCGGAUGGACCAUGCGUCGGCGGGGAUCUUCUUAG